AUGCAAACAGAUAUUGAAAAGGGCAUAGAAGUACUGAACGACAAUCUUCAUGCAGAACAUUUAACUGAAGCUCCCUAUUUGCACUUCACCAAAACACCAAAAGAAAUUGAAAUAGCUGAGGGAGACGAACUUGUGUUGAAAUGUGAAGCGAUUGGCAUCCCACCACCAGUCAUCGAAUGGGCACAUAACGGUAGUGUGAUCCAUGCCGCAGAUGGAAGUAAUGCUGCAGAAAAAUUGCAUAAUGCUGGUCUAAGUACCAUACAGUAUGGUGCAACUGCAUCCAAGGUGGUCGUUCCAUGCAUUCAAACCAAAGAUACAGCUGAAUACAAAUGUUUAGCUAGCAAUGGCCAUCAAAAACUGGAAAAAGACAACGCAAAAUGCCUGCAUAAACAUUCACCGCCCAUAAUAAACAUGUGGACAGAUGGUCGUUUCGAAAGAUCUGGUGCAACAGUACAGCUGUUCUGUAGAGUUAAUGGAACUCCGCAACCAAAUAUCACUUGGUACAAUGAGGAAAAUUGUAAACUCGACGACGUUAAGAAAUACAAAAUAUUGUCAAGUGGAGAUUUGAUUAUCUAUGAUACACAGUGGGAAGACUUGGGAGUAUACAUUUGCAUUGCUAGUAAUGAGUACGGCCAAGAUCGAAUCAUGGCAUUCUUUUACCCUACUGAACCGUAA